AUCUGAUGCAGCAGCCUUCAUUCAACGACACAGAGUCUUCAGCUCUGACAGCGUGUCCUCGAUGGCGUACUCCACCAGCACGGUUGCAGAGGGCUGUUUUGGGAAGGUGUACAAAGAGAUGUACAAUGAUAAAUGGGCAGCGGGUAAAGAGGGUUCCCAGCACCUCAUCAGUCAGAAGGACCUGGAGAGGGAGUGUGAAGUGUACAAUGAGGUGAAUAGCCCCAACAUUGUAAAGCUUCUGGGGGAUAUAACUCUGAAAGAUCGAAAAUGGAUCAUUCCUCUGGAGUUUAUCUUUGGAGAGAAUUUAGAAACCACCAUCUUCAAAACAUCAAAGUCUAAGAUAAAGUUGACUCCAUGUACAAAAGCCACCAUCAUCAUCGGGAUGUGUGAGGGGCUGCUUCACCUUCACUCUAAAGAUAUUGUCCAUCAGGACCUUAAACCCGAAAACAUCAUGGUGGAGCAUGAAACAAACAGAGCCGUGAUCAUAGACUUGGGACUGGCUAAGUUCUUUCGGCAUGGUCUUAACUCUGCUAUAGACAUGGGAAACCCAGCCUAUGCACCACCAGAGGUUCUGAUGAUGGGCUGCCAGCGUGACCAGCGCUCAGAUGUGUGGGCCAUGGGUAAAAUCAUUGCUGAGCUCUGUGCCAGAAUUCGGCUGUACACGCCAAGCGUCUGUCCCGAGAAGAUCAAGGAAACCCUGCAGGGUCAGCCUUACUGCAACAUUGUGUGUAGGAUGGUGCAGACUGACCCUUCUCUGAGAGUGUCCAUGGCUGCUGUCAUGAGUGACAUACGAAGAGCCGGGGGUGCAGGCAUCGUCAUCAAUACAUUCCUUCAAAUCGGACAACUUCAUCUACCCUCUCCCAACCUUAACACCAGAAACCGAUCUUCCUCACCAGUGAAUAGAAGUUUAAAGUCACAGAACAGAGAUGCUUCACCAAUGAGAGCUUCACCAGUUCAAAGAGAUCCAUCCCCAAUGAGAUCUCCAUUAUUUCAGAGAGAUCCAUCCCCAUUGAGAUCUCCAUUACUUCAGAGAGAUCAAUCCCCAAUGAGAUCUCCAUUACUUCAGAUAGAUCAAUCCCUAAUGAGAUCUCCAUUACUUCAGAGAGAUCAAUCCCCAAUGAGAUCUUCAUUACUUCAGAGAGAUCAAUCCCCAAUGAGAUCUCCAUUACUUCAAAGAGAUCCAUCACCAAUGAACAGGUGUCCAUCACCUCUGAAUUGGGAGCCCAAGCCCAAAUCAUAUUCCACAACUUUGUGUCCUGAAGUUGCACCUUUCCACUCUCUUUCUUCUGAGAGGACACAGGCCAAGAAGAAACACCAGUUAGCUAUCCCGUGUGGUGGAUCAGACCCCACACAUGACUUUGCAAAGAUGAGGCUGUAUCAGGAAACUACUGAGGAUCUUCUUUGUAACCUGCCCACAACAGGGAGGGUGGUGGUGCAGCGCUUUGAGGAGAAAAAUGGGGAGAUUGGGGCAUGGGAACAAAAAGAAGUGGUGACACAAGAUGGAAAAAUUGUCAAGUUUGACAAUGUGAGAUUUGACACAAAAUAAGACACAGAGAAAUCAUUAUGGAAGAGACAAAAAUUUGCUUUUGUUCAGGGUUCACUAGAAGGCUUUGUUAUCUUUUUAGGUGUUAAAUUAUAUUUUCAGUUUGCCAAAGAAUAAGCUGACUACGUGAGACUAUGCAUAUGAUUCUUGCCAAGUUUCGACAUCCGGGUGAUAUAAAAUUUUAUAUAUAUAUAUUCCUCACACACAGUGAGGAAAAUAAGCAUUUGAACACCCUGUGAUUUUGCAAGUUCUCCCACUUACAAAUCAUGGAGGGGUCUGCAAAUUUUU